CGGGCAAAACAUGGGCAAAUGCAAGGGUUGUGGGAAAUUGGCAAGAAUGCUGCCAAGAGAUAGGACUCUAAUUGCUUACCGGUCUUCCCUUCUUUUAUCUCCUGUUGUUUCUGUUUGGGAUUGCAUCGUCCGUAAAAUGAGGUAUUCCUACAGACCCGAGUGGGUGUAGUUAUUUGGUUUAUAAUAUCAUACUGGUUUCUAACACAAAUUAAGUAGAAUUAUUUAAUAGUAGAAGUAAAGAAAGAAAAAAGGAAAAGAAAACAGAUAUAUAGGAAAUGUAUACGAUUUAGAGGCCUUCUGUUAAAGAAAAGCAUUUGAGCAUAGGGGACUAAGCUUAUAGUUUGUAGCAGCUAUGGAUAACAUGGCAUGUAAUAAAGUGCAACCAGUUGUGAGAAAAGCAAAGAAGAAGCAAGUUAAAGAUGAGUUGGAUAGAAUCAAACAGGCUGAGAAAAAAAAGAGGCGCUUAGAGAAAGCCCUUGCUACUUCUGCAGCCAUUCGUUCAGAGCUAGAAAAGAAGAAACAGAAAAAGAAGGAAGAGCAGCAGAGGCUGGAUGAAGAGGGUGCUGCAAUUGCUGAGGCUGUAACUCUCCAUGUCCUACUUGGUGAAGACACUGAUGAUUCGUGCAAGAUCGUUUUGAAAAAGGAACAGGGGGUCAACGCAUGGGACUGCGCUGGCAACAUUGACCUAUUUAUGGCUGGAAGGAGAGCAUAUCUCCCCCAUCAGGCGCGUACUAAUUGUGCAGUUGAAGGAAUUGGAUGGGUCACGAAUGCUUAUGGAUCUGACUGCAAGUGGAGUGAGCUGGGAAACGGCGAUUGGUCAUUCUUAUAUGAUCCUUUUAGAAGGGAUUUGCAGCCGCCAUAUUUUGAGGAUAGAGGACGUGGUGAUGAGGGAUUCUCAGCCGGACUUAUUGCAGCUCAGGCUGUUUCAUCCCUCCAGAUCUCAGAGGAUGCAGAAGUAGACACAAUUGUCCUCAACAGGGUAUUAAGAGGAUGAUUUGAGCAAGUUUCAAACACACUAAUAGCUGUCUGGUCACUUCAUCAAGCUCUGAUCAUAGUUCUUCAUAAUGGAUUGUAUAUAUUAAUCAUCAACACAUAUGCCCGUGUUCACCGGAUUGCUUCUUCAGUGUGGAACACUGUGACACCAAUUUCGUUUAUCUUUUAAAGUUGUUUGGGAAGAUGCUUGUUUUUUGUUCAUGAAAUGGUACUAUGUUGGUUGUAAUCUCAUAAUCUUUGUGGAAAAUAUUGACUCUGUUCUAUGGGGCUACUGCAUACGUGAUGUUAAGCUCUUAGUCGUGGAUCAUUCAAUGUUGCAAUAUCUUCUUGCUUCCUGUAAGCAUCUAAUAUUUUCUGCUUGAGGCUUUACAGGCGA